GGCUCGUUCUUCGCUCCCGCUCCGAUCCAAGCAGCCCCGGCCCAAGCUUCUGCCUGCGCCAGGUCCAAAAUGCCCAACUGGGGAGGCGGUAACAAAUGUGGAGCCUGUGGAAGGACUGUGUACCAUGCUGAAGAGGUACAGUGUGAUGGAAGAAGCUUCCAUAGAUGCUGUUUUCUGUGCAUGGUUUGCAGGAAAAAUUUAGACAGCACAACUGCGGCCAUUCAUGAUGAUGAGGUUUACUGCAAAUCCUGCUAUGGGAAGAAGUAUGGACCCAAAGGGUACGGCUAUGGCCAAGGAGCAGGCACGCUUAACAUGGACAGAGGAGAGAGGCUGGGUAUCAAGCCUGAGAAUGUGCAGCCUCACAGGCCCACCACAAAUCCAAACACUUCCAAAUUUGCUCAGAAAUUUGGAGGAGCCGAGAAGUGUUCCAGAUGCGGAGAUUCCGUGUAUGCGGCAGAGAAAGGAAUAGGAGCAGGGAAGCCUUGGCACAAAAAUUGUUUCCGAUGUGCCAAAUGUGGAAAGAGCCUCGAGUCAAUGACUCUGACAGAGAAAGAAGGGGAAAUCUAUUGCAAAGGUUGCUACGCAAAGAACUUUGGACCAAAGGGUUUUGGUUAUGGCCAGGGAGCAGGGGCACUCGUCCAUGCGCAGUAAAGGAUAAGAUGUUGAAGGCAGCAAGAACCACAACGCCAAGCACUGAGACUUCGUAUCAAGGCACAGAGAAUCUCUUAAUACUAAACUACUGUGAAAACUAUUCCAACUCUACCAAUAAUACCAGCAUUUGUGUACUGUUUGUUACUAUGUAUUAUGGAGACACUAAUUUGUAGGAGGAAAGCAUUACAUUUAUUCUUUAUGCUUUAGAACAUAUUUACUCUGAUUUUAACUAUAUAGCAAUUGACUAGCUU